AACAGAUGGUUGUAUAUAAGGAGGCAGGCCGUAUUUUAGGACUAACCUUGGUGAAAAACACAUUGCCUUUCCUCUGACUUUAUUGUGAAGCAGCAGCAGUAGGAAAUGGGAUAUAACCCAAAACAGUAAUGUUGUAUUUCACGGUGCAUGCUUCCAGUGAAUCCCAAUUAGAGGUCAGAAAUGGCGACCCCGUCAAUAAACAUGAAAACUACUGUGCUAUAUAGUCCCUGGAAAAAAAAAAGCCAGCCACAUAGGCCUCCUAUAAAAAGCGGAAUUUGACAGCAUUCAAAUAUUGUGUUGCAUAUUGCAAAAUAUUAUUCUUGUCCAUUUAAACACACACAUAUACGCUGUAGGCUAUAUAUAAACGGAAUGCUGGCAUAUGGUGUUUCACCUUGACGGUUGACUGCUGCGGGUUAUGUGCAGUUCCAUGCGCCUCCACUGCGCUUCAGAUCAUUUCCUCCAUGAGUCUUCAUGCAGCAACAGGGAGGGAUAUGCUGUAUCAUCCAUCCCGACAGACGCUCGCUCCUUUAGUUGCAAUCCUGCAGCUCCAUCAUGGCUCUCAACAUCCCCGGAGUGGCUGUAAUGCUGUUCUUCUACCUGCUGGUCCUCGGCAUCGGCAUAUGGGCUUCCAUCAAGUCCAAAAGGGAAGCCAAGAAGGGCCAUGGGGAUAAGACGGAGAUGGCGCUGCUGGGCAACCGGGGCAUCAACCUGGUGGUCGGCAUCUUCACCAUGACAGCCACGUGGGUUGGAGGUGGAUUCAUCGUGGGCACAGCAGAGGCAGUGUACAACCCCUCCAUGGGACUGAUCUGGGCCGUAAUGCCAAUCGCAGCAACCCUGUGUUUCAUCAUUGGUGGCCUGUUCUUCGCUGAGCCGAUGAGAAACAAUAAAUAUGUGACCAUGAUGGAUCCUUUCCAGAUCAAAUAUGGAAAAGUACCGACGGCUGCUCUUUCGUUGGCUUCACUGGUAUCGGAGAUUAUGUGGGUGGCAGGAACACUCAUAGGAUUAGGUGUAACUAUGAGUGUAAUCUUGGAUUUGUCCUACACUGUGAGCAUCUGGAUUUCUGCUGCUGUGGCCAUUACCUACACCCUGAUGGGAGGUCUCUACUCUGUGGCCUACACCGAUAUUAUACAGCUCAUCCUCAUUUUCAUCAGCUUGUGGCUGUGCGUUCCCUUCGCUCUGAUGAGCCCCGCUGUGUUGGACAUCACUGAGACAGCAUACAACUACACCUUCCAGUCUCCGUGGGUUGGCACUCUGGAGGCAGACAGAGCCUGGAGUUGGAUCGAUAACUUUCUACUUCUGGGUUUGGGGAACUUGGGUCUUCAGAACUUUCACCAGAGGACGCUGUCAGCGGCCUCCUCAGCUACAGCCAAGAUAACCUGCUUCACUGCUGCGUUCAUCGUCCCCACAUUAGGCAUCCCUCCCAUACUCCUCGGUGCCGUGGCUGCAUCAACAAACUGGAACUUGACUUCUUAUGGUUCUCCUUCUCCAUUUGAACGUGGGGAGACCGGACUCGUCCUGCCCAUCGUCCUGCAGCACCUUACCCCAACCUACAUCUCCAUCAUCGGUAUUGGGGCGGUGGCCGCCGCUGUGAUGUCAUCCACGGACUCGGCCUUACUGUCUGCAGCCUCCAUCUUCACCUCCAACAUCUAUAGGAACAUCCUGAGGCCACAGGCGCCAGAGCAGGAGAUCCAGUGGGUGAUCCGGGGCUCAGUGGUGGUGGUGGGGCUGGCUGGUACAUCUCUCACCUUCCUGGACAACAGCGUCCUGAUGAUCUGGAUGCUUCGAUCCGACCUCACCUACACCCUCAUGCUGCCGCAGCUCGUCUGCGUGCUCUUCUUCAAGAUCUCCAACGGAUACGGGGCCGUUCUGGGCUGCGUGGUGGGCAUACUGUUGCGGGUGUUGUGUGGGGAGCCGCUGCUUGGGAUACCUGCUAUUCUUCAAUUCCCAGGAUGCAUUCUGGUAAAUGGUGUUUACAUCCAGCGCUCCCCAAUUAGGACCAUCUGCAUGCUGUCUGCUGUGGUGUCCAUCUUGCUGUUCUCCUAUCUGGCAUCUCUUCUCUUCAACAAAGAACUGAUUCCUGAGAAAUGGGAUGUUUUUGAUGUCAAAGCUCAGUACUCAAUACAAACACAAGGUGGCGCCAAAUCCAGCACCAAGAAUGAGAACUUGAAAGAACAAAAUGAGAACAAUGAAGUGUGUGAACCUAUGUUAGAAUCAACAUUUUAAGUAAGAAAUAUCAUUUGAAAUACAUUUUUGGACUGGUUUAGGAACAAAUGUAUGUUAUGUGAAAUUACAUACUUUAAAUAGUACAGUAUAUUUUGAAUUUUUGUAUACUUUUAUAUACAGCAUAAAUGGAAAAAUGCUCUUUAUAAGAUAAGAAGUUAUCAUUAUAAGAGCUCAACAUUUUCUCUGCAAUUUUUUGCAGUAGUGAUACCUUAAAAUGCUGCCCACUCACCCUCACCAGGAAUGCAAUGCUCACAAUUGUUUCUCACUUCUCAUUUUUUAGCAACAUUUUGUAGGUUGACCAUAACUCAAAAGUGCUGCUGUUGAUUGAACUUUAGUUUCUUGUUCAUAGAGAUGAAGGAGGGCUGUUUAUGCUCUCACAUAUUAUACACAAUGCCUGUGGUGGAGGUCAAAUCUUCUUGAAGCAGAGCUAUGGAGCUGUCAAACACUGACAUUCUGAUGCAGGCUUACUGUACCCUCAGAGUGCACAGUGCAGCUGUAAUAUGUUAAAUACAAUGAAAUAUCAGAAUAGCUAUUGGCAGGCACUUAAAAUGUAACGAUUUUGACCCAGAUCAGGACCAAAAAUAAAACUGCCACACCUCUGGGCUUGGUCGUGGUUGCAGCAGGCUGUUCCUCUUUCCAGCAGUGUUUUCCAGCUCCACAUGGAGGAUCGAUUCCAAGGUGUUCCCAAGCACCAAAUGAGAUAUAUAAUCUCUAAUGUGUUCUGGGUCUACCUUAGGGUAUCCUACCAGUUAGACAUGCCUGGAAAAAAUUCCAAAAGGAAGCCGCCCAGGAGGCAUCCUGAUCAGAUGCCAAACCACCUCACUGGCUCCUUUCCAUGGGAAUGAGCAGUGGCUCUACUGUGACCUCCCUCUGCAUAUCUGAGCUCAUUCUCUAUCUCUAAGGGUGAGCCAAUCUACCCUAGAGAGCAAUCUCUAUUAUGAAAAUUGUCAAAGACAAAAUAAAAGUCACUUAAUGAAGAGGCCGGUGAGGCUCAUUAUGUAAUCCACUUGUGCUUCCAGGUAAUUUUAUCACUCUUCUUUUUAGUCCUUUAGUCCAUUGUAUAGCAGGCUUUUGCAUUUGAAGGACCAGUUUGUAGGAUUUAGUGGCAUCUAAUGGGGCAGUUGCAAAUCACAAUGCCCUCACUUCAUCCUCCCAUUCCAAGCAUGUAGGAAAAACUAUGGUGGCGGUCAAACUUGCAAAAAACGCAAAAGGCCCUAUCUAUAGCCAGUGUUUGGUUUGUCUGUUCUGGGCUACCGUAGAAACAUGGCAGACUCCAUGGAAUGUUCAAUCGAUCCUCCUGAAUGUUACACACUGAACCUUCAAAAACAAUGGCCGUCAACAUUUAAGUUUUGUCAAUCUUGAAACCAAGGCAUGACCAGGCAUUAAUACUGCCGACCACUAUUGAAUGAAUACAGAGAAAAAACAGAUGGGCUGCUGUUACAACCCAAUGAGGCCAACGGAUUGAUCUGAUUAUGGGGUACUCAGGGCCAAGCAAAACAGAUUACAUGGAAGCAAGGGGGCUUCAGUGAGAUGAGCUUUUUAGCGUAAUCAAUUCAUUUGAAAUAAACCUCCUGUCUUUGCCAUUACCAUUCUUUUCUUUACACAUGCACAUUAUUGUUUUUUUGUCUUGAAGCCGAAGUCUUGACCGACCACAGUGACCACAGCCUGAAAUAAUGGCUGUGGUCACUGGUCUCCUCCACUUGAAACACAACACCCACAAUGUGAUAUGUCUCUGUUAUUGUUUUAAACACUAUCUAGAGAGAUGACUUUAAAGUGUACACAAUAUAAAUUCACAGUGCACAGCAUCAUCAACCCAACGACUUGAUGAGAGGGGAGUCAUGGUAUUUAUAUAUGUUUUAAGUAAUAUUUCAAGGCCCAAGAACAACCUCAGGAUCAAUGUCAAGGAUGUCUCUCCUGUAAGAGGAUUGUGCUCCUAACUCAAUGUCAUUGCUGCUGAAGAUAAUGUAAAAGUUAGUAAAAUAUUGAUCAUGGGAGGAUAAGACCUGUGUUAACAAAUAUGAGAAUUUCCCUUUAAGCACUACUCACUCAUCUCUACUGACUGAUGGCAUAACUAAGUACUAAGUGAUAAGUGAGUACACCAUUGCUUACACUCAAAGCCAAAAAUCUCCACAUUCGUAAUAGGUAAAGCUGCCAAUUUUACAAACCAAUUACUUGAACUUGCUAGUCAUGGGGAGAGGCUUUUUUUAAUAUCUUUUUUCAUUUUCAUUUUCAGCAUAUAUGAUGUGUUUUCCAACAUGAAAUUAAAAAACUAUAUUUUGACAAAAGCUAUUUAGUUAUUGAUCAGAAUUAAGCAAGAAAAAAAGUUCUCAUAGCUAUUUGUUGGGCCAAAUCCUGGUUUGUACUAAUAUGAAAAUGAGCAUGUUUAAUGAGACCUAGUCUCAUUUGCAUAAUUUAAUCAUAAACCAUAAUACAAAAAAAGUAAUAUAUUUGGGUGUAUAUUGAUUCUAAUGGAAUAAAAACAUUUUGGAAUACAUUUUUUCCCCCUAUUCCCGGGUGAUGCAUGGUCUUAAAUUUCUACAGUCAUCUAAUUAAGUUAAUCUUCUAUCUUUGUUUAGUACUGUGCUGGGUUAGGAUUAUAUUUGUCAACAUCUACAUGAAUUAUCGACCCUUAAUUUGGAAAGAAUUUGUCCUUGAAGAGUGCUUGAAUGUAUCGUGACAAAAGAGUGCCAACCCUGUAAUUAAGACACUUUAUUAUGAGGACAAACAUGGAUACAAUAAGUUUUGUUUAAGUCCACAGAACUAAACCUGACUCCAUGUAUGUCCGAGCUCAUGAUGACACACAAAAAUAACCGCCCUCUGCUUGAUAAUUCAACACGGGACUGUAUGGCAUGCUAGCACUGUGACAGAUGUCCGGACUGUCCUCUGAUGUCCGCGUCAUAUCUAAGUCUAUAUGAGGUGACAUCUCGCUCCUGUCUUGUCUGUGUGCCAACAGCUCUAGUGGAACAAUCGUCCCACAGGACACGGUAACACGGGCUGAGAUAAAGGUCUUCUAUAAUAAGACUACACAAGCAAGUGCUGCUGUCACAAGGACGCUGCUGUGGCUGCUUCCUGUGUCCUUUGUCUGUAUGUUGAUGGUUACGUUGGUGGUGAAGUUAAGACUAAGGUUACUCCUUGACCU